GAAUCCUAUUCCCAGAUAACUUGAACAGGAGCCAUGAAUUCGCUGACUGACGAAAAUACCUGUCUCUACGUAGACAUUGUUUUAUUUAAAGCUGAGAGUUCACCAUGUGGCCAUGAAACUUUUGUGUGAAGUCCAGCCUUUUUCUUUCCUCUGAAUUCUUGUGAGAACCUUCAUUAUAUCCACUUUUUAUUAGAUUCCCCUUCGUUUUCGAACAGAAAGCAAGACUCUGAGAUCUCUUCUUUUGGAUCCAGAUGCUUACAAAAUUUUCGUUUACAGGGCUUUUAUGAGAAGUUGAAUCAAGACGCCGAGCUACGCUGGUGCUUCGAAGAUAUCCGGUGUAAUUUCCAGUCAAUCAGGUUCGAGGCUCACUCAAGUCGAAUCUGGUUGCAAAAAUGGCCAUGGAUCAUACUGUGAAAGUUAUCCUGGGCUCAAUUGCCUUUGGAAUCUUCUGGUUAUUAGCUGUUUUUCCUGCUAUCCCAUUUCUACCAAUUGGGAGAACGGCAGGAUCUCUGCUAGGGGCAAUGCUAAUGGUCCUAUUUCGAGUACUAACUCCAGAUCAAGCGUAUGCUGCCAUUGAUCUCCCCAUACUUGGUCUUCUGUUUGGGACAAUGGUAGUCAGUGUUUAUCUUGAAAGAGCUGAUAUGUUCAAAUACUUGGGUAAGGUGCUGUCAUGGAAGAGUAAAGGAGCCAAGGAUUUAAUAUGUCGAGUGUGUCUCAUUUCUGCAAUUUCGAGUGCUCUUUUCACCAAUGACACCUCUUGCGUGGUUCUGACUGAAUUUGUGUUAAAAAUCGCAAAGCAACAUAAUCUUCCACCUCGUCCCUUCCUUCUUGCUCUUGCGUCGAGUGCUAAUAUUGGAUCUUCAGCAACACCUAUUGGCAACCCCCAAAACUUGGUCAUAGCUGUUCAGAGUGGAAUUCCUUUUGGGCAAUUUGUGAUUGGAAUACUCCCAGCUAUGCUUGUUGGUAUUGUUGUAAAUGCUUUAAUUAUUCUUAUCUCAUAUUGGAAACUGUUAUCUAUCCAAAAGGAUGAAGAAGAUGUUCCCCCAGAAAUUGUUGCAGAUGAAGAUGUGAAUUCUCAUAGGUUUUCACCAGCCAGAUUGUCACACUCACAAAUUCCAUCCCUCAACUCUCAGGAAUGGGAUUCUCGGUUGGAUUCGAUGUACGCACAGAGUCCUCCCAACUCAAAUGCGAAUGUUGAAACUCUUAGAACUUCUUUAAGUUCGAAAGAUAAUGAAAUUCACUGGUCUCACGGUGCCGUGACAGAGGCGGUGGCAAGAAUAUCUGAUGCAUCAAAAGAGUGCGUGCCUAAUGCAUCUCCUCCUCCUCAGAAAAGGGAAGAAGGUUUAUCUUCCAAGAGCUUCAACUCCAUGGAUAAGCAGAAAGAACCAUUACCUUUGCAGGUCUCGGAAGGAAAGCAACAUUGGAGCACGAAAUGGAGGAGGAUGGCAUGGAAAUGUUGUGUUUAUCUUGUGACUAUAGGAAUGCUGGUUGCUUUAUUGAUGGGCUUGAAUAUGUCGUGGACUGCAGUGACUGCUGCACUCGCUCUUGUGGUUCUAGAUUUCAAGGAUGCUCAGCCAUGCCUAGAAAAGGUUUCCUAUUCACUUUUAGUCUUUUUUUGUGGGAUGUUUAUCACGGUUGAUGGUUUUAACAAGACUGGAUUACCAAAUACUUUUUGGAAUUUCAUGGAGCCGCACGCACAGAUUGAUCGUGUUUCUGGGACCGUAGUUCUUGCUCUUGUCAUACUAUACCUCUCGAACCUGGCUUCGAACGUUCCUACAGUUCUUCUGCUUGGAGCGCGGGUUGCCGCAUCAGCUGCUGCAAUAUCCCCAGCUCAAGAAAAACGGGCAUGGCUGCUUUUAGCUUGGAUCAGCACUGUAGCUGGAAACCUCUCGUUGUUAGGCUCAGCUGCCAACUUGAUUGUGUGCGAACAGGCUCGUCGCACUCCACAGCUAAGCUACAAUUUAUCCUUCUGGAAUCAUCUUAAAUUUGGACUUCCCUCGACUCUAAUUAUCACAGGCAUUGGUUUAGUUCUCAUCAAAUGA